GCGGGAGACACAGCGGGGAGGGCUCAGCCCCGGGCCCUCGAAAUGGCCUCCACCUUCCACCCACGAGAAUGUGAGCUGUCCAAACAAGAAGGGCAAAGCUAUGGCUUCUUCCUGCGAAUUGAGAAGGACACUGAUGGCCACCUGGUCCGGGUGGUUGAGAAGGGUAGCCCAGCGGAGAAGGCGGGCCUCAAGGACGGAGAUCGAGUUCUUAGGAUCAAUGGUGUCUUUGUGGACAAGGAGGAACAUAUGCAGGUUGUGGAUCUGGUCAGAAAGAGUGGGAACUCCGUGACUUUACUAGUCCUGGAUGGGGAUUCCUAUGAGAAGGCCAUGAAAAAACGGGUAGACCUGAAAGAGUUGGGUCAAAGUCGGAAGGAGCCGAGUUUGAAUGAUAAGAAACUGCCCCCUGUGGUGAAGGAAGGAGCAGAGACUUGGACGCAGCCGCGUCUCUGCUACCUGGUGAAGGAGGGGAGCAGCUAUGGCUUCUCUCUGAAAACUGUCCAAGGCAAAAAGGGAGUGUACAUGACUGAUAUAACACCUCAAGGUGUGGCUAUGAAAGCUGGUGUCCUGGCUGGUGAUCACUUGAUUGAAGUAAAUGGAGAGAAUGUAGAAGACGCCAGCCAUGAGGAAGUCGUUGCAAAGGUGAAGAGCUCUGGAGGCCGCGUCAUGUUCCUGCUGGUGGACGAGGAGACUGACAAGCUCCACACCGAGCAGAAGACCAGAUUCAGGAGAGAGACGGCCAGUUUGAAACUGCUACCCCACCAGCCCCGUCUCGUGGAGAUGAAGAAGGGGAGCAAUGGCUAUGGUUUCUACCUGAGGGCAGGCCCGGAACAGAAAGGUCAAGUCGUCAAGGACAUAGAUUCCGGAAGUCCAGCAGAGGAGGCCGGCUUGAAGAACAACGACUUGGUAGUCGCUGUCAAUGGCGAGUCUGUGGAAUCCCUGGAUCAUGACAGUGUGGUGGAAAUGAUUAGAAAGGGUGGAGAUCAGACUUCGCUGCUGGUGGUGGACAAAGAGACGGACCACAUGUAUAGACUGGCUCACUUUUCUCCAUUUCUCUACUAUCAAAGCCAAGAACUGCCUAAUGGUUCUGUCAAGGAGGCUCCGGCUCCCGCUCCGGCUCCCGCUCCGGCUCCCGCUCCUGUGGAGGUUUCAAGUCCAGAUACUACAGAGGAAGUAGGAGAUCAUAAGCCUAAACUCUGCAGGCUGGUUAAAGGUGAAAAUGGCUAUGGCUUUCACUUAAACACCAUUCAGGGUCGGCCAGGCUCGUUCGUCAAAGAGGUACAAAAGGGCAGCCCUGCCGAAUUGGCAGGGCUGGAGGAUGAGGAUAUCAUCAUCGAAGUGAAUGGAGGGAAGGUGCUGGAAGAACCCUAUGAGAAAGUGGUGGACAGAAUCCAGAAUAGUGGGAAGAAUGUCACACUCUUAGUCUGUGGAAAGAAGGCCUAUGAUUAUUUCCAGGCUAAGAAAAUCCCUAUCGUUUCCUCUAUGGCUGAUCCACUGGAUGCCCCCCCUGAUUCCAAAGAAGGAACAUUGGCAGAACCAGAGCACGACUCACACAUGGCAAAAGAACGAGCGCACAGUACAGCCUCACAUUCUUCUUCCAAUUCUGAAGACACAGAGAUGUGAUGAGAGCAAAUAAUGGCUUUGGCUGACAGCUGUUUCUGGGCGUUCAGUAAGAAUCCUUUCCCAAGGAAUGAGCUGCCACCCAUUUACUGUCUCUGUUAGAGAAGAGCUCCUCUGGGAACCAGUUCAUCACGUGUGACUCUCUUCUGUGGUCAUUUGCCUUGGGGGCAGAUACCGCAAUAGAUGGCUUAUUUAUGGUCAACUUAAGGCAGGAACCAGAUUCUUUUCAAGUGAUCUCUUUCAAGCUUCAACUUAACUACAUUUCUUUGUAUGAUGCUAUCUCUUAAUUCUAUAGGCUCCUUGAGCACCAAAGAUGAUUCACAAAUCUGUACACGUGAGAGCUCAUUAUAGUAUCUGAGCAGAUAAGCCUAUUAAAAUUAUGGUUUUGUAAGAAUGUUGUGGUUGCUAAAACAGAUGCCAUUAAGAAUGCCUGUAGAGUCUUCCUUGUUAGCUGAUCAAACCUUAAUAGUGCUUUUGUUUUUGGUAAACUUGCUUUUAUGCUUUAACUU